UGUACGUGCUCUGCUCGCGCCCGGCUCACAACCUCACUCGCUCGCUCACUCUCCACCGCACGUCCAUCUCGAGCUCGAGCCAGGAGCCGCGGCCACAAUGACGUCCCUCUCCUCGUCCGCGGCCACGGCACGCGCCACGUUCCUCCCAUCCUCCUGCCGGGCGGCGCCGGCCGGAGGCAGCAGGAGGUCACGGCUCCUCGUGGCUCGCGCGUCGUCAUCGAGCCCCAAGCUUCCGGCCGGUCGGCGGCUUCGUGUUGCCGUCGUCGGAGGCGGCCCCGCGGGUGGCGCGGCGGCGGAGGCGCUCGCCAAGGGCGGCGUGGAGACGGUGCUCAUCGAGCGCAAGAUGGACAACUGCAAGCCCUGCGGCGGGGCCAUCCCGCUGUGCAUGGUGUCCGAGUUCGACCUGCCGCUGGACCUCGUCGACCGGAGGGUCACCAAGAUGAAGAUGAUCUCGCCCUCCAACGUCGCCGUCGACAUCGGACGCACCCUCGCCCCGCACGAGUACAUCGGGAUGGUCAGGCGCGAGGUGCUCGACGACUACCUCCGGACGCGGGCGCAGAAGGCCGGCGCCGAGGUCCUCAAUGGCCUCUUCCUAAGGUACGAGGAACCCAAGGAGCGCAACGGCACGUACACGGUGCACUACAACCACUACGACAGCUCCAGCGGCAAGGUGGGCGGCGAGAAGCGUUCGUUCGAGGUUGACGCGAUCGUGGGCGCCGACGGCGCCAACUCCCGCGUGGCCAAGGACAUGGGCGCCGGCGACUACGAGUACGCCAUCGCCUUCCAGGAGCGCGUCAAGAUCCCCGACGACAAGAUGCGCUACUACGAGGAGCGCGCCGAGAUGUACGUCGGCGACGACGUCUCCCCCGACUUCUACGGCUGGGUCUUCCCCAAGUGCGACCACGUCGCCGUCGGCACCGGCACUGUCACCCACAAGGCCGACAUCAAGAAGUUCCAGGCCGCCACCCGCCUCCGCGCCAAGGACAAGAUCGAGGGCGGCAAGAUCAUCCGCGUCGAGGCCCACCCCAUCCCCGAGCACCCACGCCCCAAAAGGGUGUCUGGGCGGGUGACGCUGGUGGGCGACGCGGCGGGGUACGUGACCAAGUGCUCCGGCGAGGGGAUCUACUUCGCGGCGAAGAGCGGGCGGAUGUGCGCGGAGGCGAUCGUGGCCGGGUCGGCGAACGGGACGCGGCUGGUGGACGAGAGCGACCUGCGCAAGUACCUGGCGGAGUUCGACCGCCUCUACUGGCCGACCUACAAGGUGCUGGACAUCCUGCAGAAGGUGUUCUACCGCUCCAACGCGGCCAGGGAGGCGUUCGUGGAGAUGUGCGCCGACGACUACGUGCAGCGGAUGACCUUCGACAGCUACCUCUACAAGCGCGUCGUGCCGGGGAACCCCAUCGAGGACAUCAAGCUAGCCGUCAACACCAUCGGCAGCCUCGUCAGGGCCACCGCGCUGCGCAGGGAGAUGAAGAACCUCACCUUAUGAUCGUUUCCAGUGGCUGUCACCUGACAUCUCUGCAUGCUUGGCUUGGUGCUUCGAACUGCGGUGGAUCGAUCGGUAUAGUAGAGAUUCCCCGGCUAAUCGAACAAGUUUGAGACGGGCAGAGAGGAGAAUAAGGUUGCGCCGAUCUCGAUCGAUGGGAAGGUCGUGUGUCGAUCGAUCCUGUCCGAUUUUGUUGUACAACAUACUCACGGUGAUGUUCAGACUUCAGAGCAGUUCGAUAUGUGAAUGAAUGUAGUAUAAACUAAAGGGCUCCCCUGUUUGGCUGUUGCUGUUCAUGUGCUCUGUCGAAUGACGAAUGUAAUGAAAUGAGAGCUCGUUGAUAUAUAUUGUGGUAUGUACUGUGA